CUCUAUGCCGACGCGUCAUCGUUACAGGAAGUCAGAUAUAAACACGUCGACGCUCGUCUUUCGACUUUUUGUGUUUGGAGGAAGGUCCAAGAUGACUGAAGUGAGCCAUCAGCAGUGGGGAGAGGUGUCCGGCCUAGGCAGUGUGGACCUGUGGGUCCUCAAAUCUAACCUGUUGCGGGUGGAGGUCCUCACCCUGGGUGCAAUCAUUAGAUCUGUGUUCAGCAGAGGGAAGGAUGGUCAGAUGAAGGACGUAGUCUUGGGCUAUGAUAACCUGGAAGGUUACGUGUCAGAUAAGCGAUACCUGGGAGCUGUAGUAGGACGUGUGGCCAACAGGAUCGCAGGGGGAUGCUUUGUAGUGGACGGAAAAGAGUACCAACUCGAUAUCAACAAUGGGCCUAAUGCACUGCAUGGAGGGCUGCAGGGUUUCAAUAAGGCAAUCUGGCUUGCUACAGCAGUGGAAGAUGGGGUACAGCUGAGUCUUACCAGUCCAGAUGGAGACCAGGGUUAUCCUGGGGAGGUUCAGGUUUCUGUGACCUACAUGCUACAGGGGGAAACACUAACUGCUGACUACCAAGCCAGAUCAACUAAAACCACCCCCAUCAACCUCACCAACCACUCCUACUUCAACCUGGCUGGACAGGGUGCAGCAGAUAUCUAUGACCACCGAGUGUCCAUCAGUGCUCAGUCCUACCUGCCAGUGGAUGACACAUCAAUUCCUACAGGAGAGAUCAGAGCAGUGGCGGGCACACUCUUUGAUCUCAUAGAGCCUGUUCUCAUUGGACCUCGGCUGAAGGAAGUUCCAGGUUCAGGUUUCGACCACAACUUCUGUCUUUCAUUUCCUGGAGACACCUAUGCUGAGAGACAUGCUGCCAGAGUGCAUCACCCGGCCAGCGGUCGUGUCCUGGAGGUAUCUACCAGCCAGCCUGGUGUCCAAUUCUACACUGCCAACUUCUUGGAUGGCUCUAUGACAGGAAAGGGUGGGGCUAGAUAUGGGAAGCACAGCUCCUUCUGUCUGGAGACACAGAAUUGGCCUGAUGCUGUUAACCAGGCUUCAUUUCCUGAUUGUCUUCUGCAUCCUGGUGAAGAAUACCGACAUGUCACUCACUUCACCUUCACCACUGCCUGAUCUGACCUUCAGACCUCUAUGGGCAUAGGUCUGCCAAUCCUCCAAUGGUCUUUACAGGCAGAACAAAGAAUUAAUCCUGUACAUAUUAGGUGUGAGGCAGUGACAUGAUGCUCAUAGUGCAACUUGACCAACCUGACGAUGUGAUGAUACAUUGCAUCCUUACAUUACUCAAAAAA